GUUGAGCGAUCAAACGUGGGUUAGGUGAAAAUAACAGCUCCUGUCACAAUGUAGUAUAUAAUAAUGUUGUUGUGAUAUUACAAUAGUGAAGGUAUACCAAUCUACGUAUAGAUUUCAACAUCCGUGUGCUCCACCACGGAAUACAUGGAUGUUGCGAACGGACAAAAGCCCCUCAGUGGGCAACCUUCUGCCACUGGUUGUUCAGCAAUGGAUAAAGGAAAAGAGUGGCAGAUGGAAUUACUUAUGGAAAAAUUACGUUCCAAGGCUUCCACAUUCAAGUCCUUGGUUGAAACUGCCAAAAAUUUACGUAUGGCUAUGCUGGAUAAAAGGUUUGCAAUUGAUAGUGCAGAGAAAAGUCAGUUACAAAAAUGUUUGGAUACUUUGCAACAUUCCAUAAAAGUGACCUCCUUGCAAUCUAUGGUGGAACGCUUGGAGAGUUUAACCAGACAGUUGGGAUUAAAGUUUAUGAUGUCUGGUCCACAAGGUACAGAGUUGUUUAUUUCCUCAGAUAUGUUCUUUUUGGAGGUUCUUUUGGAGCCAACAGGUGUAGUUAAAGAUGUUAAAAUUCAUCAUGAAGGAAAGAAUGAGCAGCAGAGCUGUGAUGUAUUGGUGUCUUGUUUGUCUCGAGGAGACUUCCUUGAUUUUACAGUACAAUUAGAAGGUUUAGCUUCAAUAUAUCAAUUAAAUGCUGAUAAGAAGGUAAAAUGUAAAGCAUUCAGUGCUUUACAGUCGCUGGAGGCAGAUCUGGGUAUCUUAGCUCAAUUGCAGACAUUUAUAAAAGAACCAUUUAAUCUUGUCCAUAAAAGCCCAGUAGGAAUCCUUGAGCGAAGAAGAGGUGGUCACGCGAUGAAGUUGACAUACUUUGUUUCUCCUUAUGAUUUAAUAGAUCAGGAGAAUCGUACCUGUGAUGCAUUGAAUUCAGAAAUAGUUAUAAAACGGAAGAUUGGCCAUUCCGUUACAGUUUGUAUGGAAGGUUCGACUGCUCACAAGUUGCCUACAUCUAGUAUCAUAACUGUAAAUAGAAGUCCUACAGGAAAAAAUACCCCAUCUUAUGCUCCGUUAACUGGUACAAAUUCGUCGGUAUUACCUGCUUGUUUCGUAUUGAAACUGGCUAAGAAAAUGCCGAUGUGCAUGGAACUAGUACGUAGAAUUCAGAAAGUGACGGAACUAGAAUGCGGAGAUAUAUCUGCUCCCCAUCCGUUACUUAGUUUGAUUAUACAACAUACAAGCGAAGGACAACUCGAUUGUCGGAACAAUAGAGGACUUUACAUUACUUUACCGGAUCAACAACAUUGUUACUUCAUGACAGAAAAUAGAAAUAUGGAGGGUGUGUUAGUCUGUAGUAUUCCUUUCACUCACCCGGCGCACGUUCCACAAAUCUUGGUAUACUUACGUCAGCAAGCGCUGUUUAAUAGUUUAAUCGCUAGUUGCGUUAGAUCUAUGGCUCGGCAAGAUCCAGAGCACGCGACCAUAUUCGAAGUGAGCGCUUUAUCGUGGCAACACAUAUCGGUAAGUUUGGAGCAUCCUUUCGAGGAGACAAUGGCAACAGCGGAGUUGGACUUGACGGAUAUUUCCGCGCUGAAGUGCAAAUUAUACGGCAUAAGUAUAACAAACACGGAACAGACGUCAGAUUUGACCGGAAAAGUGUUACAGAAGUGUUUAAGUAUACCACUGACAAUGAGAAUUCUCAUGAAGUCGUGGGAGAGUCGCGAUUCUUUAAGCACGAUGAACAAUCUAAAUAGCGGAAACGGAAAUUAUAAUGUGAAUCUCGGUUCCGGCAAAGAUCAGAACAGUCAGAACGGUUCCGGAAUGCCUGAUUUCACUAAUGGAGAAACGAAAAUCAAGCAGGAACCCGGCUUAAAUAACGGAAAUGGAACCAUGGGCAGGCAACAGUCGUCGCAACAGCAACAACAGCAGCAGCAACAACAACAACAACAACAACAACAACAGCAGCAGUCUUUUUUAGAUGCCGGAACGGAGAAUAGUAUCGGUUUUCCGUCAUAUUCCGGCCAAUCCGAUACCACAACUACUGCGAUGCUGAAUCCAUUACAAUUGGGAGCGUUACUUGGACAGGCAAAAAACUCUAUGUCUAAUCCGAUGAACGAACGCACGAAAAAGGCGCGUAAGAGAAAAACCGCGGACGGUAUCUGGCGGAGUCCUAAGAGAAAAGGAGACGAGAGUGCAGAAAUAUUAUUGGAGAGUUCCAGUUCUGACUCAACGCCUCUUGGUACACCGACUGGUGGUAGAGAAAAUUUAAACGAGACCAGAACGUCCACGCCAACGUCAGCUACGAGUUUAACCAGCGGUUUGGAUUUUUCCAAUUUGGAUCCAACGGAUAUUUUGGGAACAGACAAAAGCUCCGACUAUGAUAUCGACAACGAGAGCGAGAUAACGGAGGUUCACGAUUUGCAAGACGUCGAAGAGUUGAUCAAACGUGAUCGCAAGUCGAGGAAGAGAGAGGAGAAAAAGAGCCCGAUUAUAUUCGAAGAGAACAAAAGUCUGGUGCCGCCAUCAGUAAGUAUAACGCCAAUUUCAAGCAGUAGUUUGGGUCAGACGACGAACUAUAACUCUGUACUUACGGGGAUGGGUUUGGAAAGGAGGCCAGGUAUUGAAAUAAUACCGAUCGCAUCGUCGCCGCAAACCACUCUACCGAGUUCUAUUACUAUAACUCCGAUAGCUGGACCAACACAGUCGAAAAGUCUGACGGACGAACGUAGAGAACGAAAAAGUUCGAAGGGGAAGUCGACCGAAGACAAGGGAAAGCUGGAAAAGAGGCGUAAGCGCAAGAGAGAAGACAGUCCUAUGGGACCGCCACCGGACAAGAUACCAUCUAAACAGGACCCAUUGUCGAAACCCGUUUCUGUGAGCAUCAAACCAACGGAGUCGCCGCCAAAUUUAAGCUCACGACCGUCUUCACCCGCGACAACGUUACGAAAAUUUAGUCCGUCUCCGACGCAUACCAGCCCUCUCGCUCUCGUAGGUAAGUCCAGUCCUACAUUGAAACAAUCGACAAACAAGGCGGUGCAAAGUCCAAAGCACUCUCCGGUCUAUAGCAGUAGUCCAAAACACACACCGGUACCAGCGAGCGUGAGCCCGAAACACGGCACAUCGUCACCGAAGCACGGCAAUUCGGCGAGCACUGGAAAACCGAGUAUGUCCGCGCUGAAAUCUGCGGCGAAUUCACCAUCGAGUAAAACCACCGAUUCUGGACAAUCGAAAAUAAAGUCUUCCUCCUCGUCGUCGAGCAAAGACUCCAACCGAGAGAAGGAGAGAAAAACGUCGUCGUUAGCCUUCGGUGGAUCGAGCGGCCAUCAAAGCCCGAAAACCAAGUCCUCCAGCGGUAAGUUAAAACAACUGGAAUUAAUUCCUAGCGGGGAAACGCAGUCGACGUUGCCGAGCAGCGGCGGUAGUACGCCGCCAUCCGGGAGUUCGGAGCUCGGUAAAUCGGCGAUCGCUCAACAACAAGCGAGGAACAGAAAGAGCUCGUUGAGUGCUGUUAUCGAUAUGCUGAAGAACGCUCAGCACUGUACGGACGACGGUGGCAACGGUGGAACGAAGUCGACGACCGGCGGAAGUAGUAAUUCGAGCGGUCAGAAGGAGAGAAGUGUCGGAAGUUCAUCGAAUAAGACCGCGGAGGGGAAGUGUAUUAGCAAAAAUUCAUCUAUGGAUACGAAAAAUCCUGCGGAAUAUAUGGUAAAGCAUAGUUCCGACGGCAUGAAGAUAACGAUCAAUAAAACUCGCACAAAAGACUCCAAGUCCGGCACGAAUCUCAAACUGUCUUCGUCCUCGGCGUCCGUUGCCACUGGAACGUCUUCGGGCUCGUCGACAUCCUCGACGUCGAUAUCAGGUAACGGUUCGCCGAAAACGCACACCGGCUUGAAGCCGGGGGUAAGUUCCGGUCCCGCGUCAAAGAAACCUCCGUCUCAAACGUCCCCAAAGUUGUCCGGAUCCUCGUCUUCCGGUUCUGGCAGCGGUAGUGGGAACAAAGCAACUCUGUCAGGACAAAAGAUGUCUGCUUUGAAGUCUAUCUCAGGAUCGAAUUCCGGAAGUGGUAACGGUGCCGGCGGGAUUAGCGUUGGCGGUAGCGGUAGCAGCGGACUGCUCUCCAAAAGCGUUAUGUCCUCGAAGUCGUCCUCCAGUUCUCCAAAGAUAACUAGCUCCGGUGUAACGGAUCUCAGUCGGAACCGUGAUAAGUCGCGCUUAUCGAAAUCCGGCGAUAAAAGUUUAUUCCCGUCGAAGGGUAUCGGCGACACUAGAAAAUCGAGCCCUUCGGGGCUGCGAGAGGAGAGCGAGAGCGAGAGAGCGUUCAAGCUGUUGGCUGCUCACGCCUCGAUGUCCAAUCUGUCGAAUUUGCCCAAUCUACCGCCGCAAUUGGUCGUCGAAGGUCUGAUGAAGCAGUUGGACACUAAAUUUCAAAUACCAAAAUUAUCCGCCAGAGCGAAUGCUGAUUCUAGCGAUAAGAAGUCCGAGAAGCUGUCCAUGCUUCCGGACAGUGCGAAAACAUUGGACAAUCUCGCGGCGAAGCAGACGACGGAGCAGGGAAAAUUGCAAACGUUAUCGAACACGUCGACCACGGCUUCCAAGACAACGUCGGAGGAUCAGUCGAGCCAGGGUAGACGGGAACAUGUACAAACGAAGCCAGACAAUCUAUCUAUGACAAGCGCAGCCUCGGUAAUAAACCUCGGUACGGACAGUACCAACAAUCUUCUGCUUCCCGCUUUAUCAAGUAGCAGCUCGCAUGAUCUAGACAUACCAACCAAUCUCUCGAUGCAGUCAACCGAGAAUGAGCCCCGCGACAAAGAGCCCUCGAUGAGUAGGAGUAACACGCAAUUUCUGAGUAGCAACAUAAACUCCACAGCCGCUGGCAAAGACGAUACCAGUGGCAGUGGUCCUGUAAUGGCCGUUCUACCGAAAGUAUCUGACUCUCAGGCUACCAGUAAACCCGUGUACCCUACAAUGAUGACGACAGGCACUCUAACCAGCGGGAACGGGACGAGCAACUCGAGCUCCGGCAACGGAGGCGCGGAGAGCUUGAACCUGAGCAUCAAACCGGUGGACGCCACGAUGACAAAGUACAAAUCCGACGAGAAGAAGCAGCAGCAGCAGCAACAACAGCAGCAACAGCCGCAACAACAACAGCAACAAUCUCAACCGUCGCAACAGCAGCAACAGCAAUCGCAACAACAGGCGUCGCAGCCACAGCAACAGCAGCAACAACCACCGCAAGUCCCGUCUACCGGUGGAUCUUCGAGCGCCUCCUCGUUGGGAACGACGGUGUCCUCGGAGGGUUCGUCGUGCACGAUGAAGGUAGCUGGCACGGAGUUACCUUCGACGACGUCACAGGAGGCCGCCGAGAUGCUGCUGGACUUUUCCACGCCGAAAGACGUGGCUAAGAGCCUGAAUUUCACCAGCAUUCCCGAGAGGGCGAUGACACAGGCGGCCUCUGUGCGCAGGAACACACCACCACCUCCUCCGCCUGCCUUCCCAGCGAGUCCUUCCGUCAGUGUGCACAUUGUCAAAAGUCCUGCGCCCUCGCCGAGGGUUAUCCCGCCCUCGCCUCACUCCGCCUCGCCGUGCAUCACCGACGACGAGCUGAUGGACGAGGCGCUGGUGGGAAUGGGCAAAUGA